ACAGGUACUUCCGUCUUCCCAUCAUGCCUUUCAUAGUCAUGGCGGCUGACAGUAUUUCAUAACAUUUAUAUGUCACCGCUGUUUACGAGUGAAUUUUUGCAGCUCUUGGUUUGUAAGUGUGUUUUCUUGUUGUUGGCGUGACUUCUGAAAAAUGCCUAAAUAUUACGAGGAUAAAGAGGAGGACACCAGAGCCUGCGCUGGCAUCAGAGAGGACUUCAAGGCUUGUCUCCUUCAGCAUGACUGCGUAGUGAAGGAGGGAAAGAUGCCCAGUGAGUGUCUGAAGGAAGGCCACUGCAAAGCGCUGCAGACGUCAUUCUUUGAGUGCAAGAGGUCCAUGCUGGACACAAGGUCGCGAUUCAGAGGGAGAAAAGGAUACUGAGGAACCAACUAAUGUUUCGUUGUGACCAGACUGAACAGUUUGUAGGCUUGUGUUGACUGAUGUCAAUGCAGCAACGUGUGUGAUGCUGCAUCUUCAGCAUUAUGAACGCCUCAUCUGAAGCAGAAGUGGGGAAGAGUAGCGACAAACUACAGGAUGUGAAAGAACCCACAGCAGGAUUAAUGAUGUUUAACGUGGGAAAAGACGAGAGCUCUCGUUGGUUGGAGCGUUCAACGUGUUUUCCUUCCUCCUUAGAACAUUUUAUUUAGUUAUUUUGAAUGAAAAUCACCAACUUGAAUAAAUGACCAAAGUCAA